AUGCAACUAACCGGAUUUUUACUGUGUUUAGUAGCUCUGACCAGAGCAGCUGUCGUGGACUUUGAGCAGGAGAAAAUCCGAACAGCUUUACCGUGGCUUCACCUUCUGGCAUAUCCCGGAGUCAUAUCACAGGUUCCCAUCCCGAGACCGCAAGAUGAGACAUUUACCAGCAUCAACAGUGCGACCAUGAUGCAGCCCCAGUCCGAUGAGAUGGCUAACUCUGAACAAUCAAGCAAUUUGGUACGUGAGCAGUUCAUUCAAGGAAUUCUACAGGGCUUACAGCAGCCAGGUGCUCAAGCCGGAACACCCACAAUUUCACCCGCUGUGCUGGCAGACUUUAUCGCCCAGGUAACUACUACCACUCACAAACCAUCGGUGGAGAAAGAUGUCAACGGACCCGACAACGAUGAAGAUUAUGACUAUAUAGACUUUAAAAACGGAUCUCGCAUUAAAUACGACUUGGAUGAUGUUGAGCAGCCGGUGAACAAAAUUCUUCAGCGAACUACAAGACGUCCGGCUGUAGCUCGACCCCAAAGCCCUGCCAACGUUCUCUACUACAGCCCUCCAACUAGAUACGUAUAUUAUAGGCCUAUAUAUAGGCCUUCUUUGUAUUCCUAUCGACUUGGAUAA